AUGGAAGAAACUGAAUUCAACUUUCUUGGGGAUGAAGAGUGGUGGGCAAAGUCAUCUUUCUUAACUGAUUUGUUUGAGCAUCUCAAUAAACUAAAUUCAAGUAUGCAAGGUCGUGAUGAAAAUAUACUAACAUCGUCGGACAAAAUUAUGGCUUUCAUCGAAAAAUUGAAUUUAUGGAAACUAAAAAUAAUCAAGUUGAAAUUCAAAAAGAUCACUCUCAAUAAAUUCUGGAUAUAUGUUUCUAAAGAAUAUCCAGAGAUAUCUAUAAAAGCACUGACUAUUCUUUUGCCGUUCUCAACCUCAUAUCUUUGUGAACAAGGGUUUUCAGCGCUUACGAAUAUAAAAAAUAAAAAAUAA